AUGUCGUCAUCAAUACCCUGCUCUUCAAACUCCCCUUCUUUACCCACCAAAUUCCAGAACUUCGGUGCUCCAUUUGCUGCAUCAGACGCCGACAUUAUCGUUCGUUCCUCCGAUGGAUACGACUUUCGUGUCCACCGCGUCAUCCUCGGACUCGCAUCCGUCGCGUUCAAAGACAUGUUCAGUAUGGUCCAGCAGCAUCCCGUCUUAGCCGAACAGAAUGACGAGCUUUCCGAUGACUUCAAAGACGGGCUUCCAGUCGUUUGCUUGACAGAGCCCUCAUCAACUCUCUUUACGCUUUUCAAGUUGAUCUACCCCGGAGAUCCGCCGACGAUCUCUGGUCGCUCUCACACAAUUUCAGUCAUUCGAGCGAUGGACAAGUAUCUCAUCGAAGACUAUCCAAAUACCAUCACGGCUGCUCUUCUAAAUCUCUCAGAAAAAUCGCCACAUGUCGUUCUGGGUCUAGCUUUCCGCCACCAUAUAGCUAAGGAAGUUCGUGUGGAGGCCGCGCAUUUCACGCUCAAGUCCCACGCCAUCCUCUCAUCGUCGGCCCUUAGCGACGAAGACCUUGAGCUUCUCACAGCCGCUCAAUAUCGUCGCAUCUUGGUCUAUCAUCGAGACUGCAGUCAAGCGGCGUUGUCGGCCCUGGCAAAGCCUGACUGGGCAAAGAAGCCUUGGGCUCAGGCAUCGUGCGGGAAGGAGAAGCAAGGAGUUGCGAAGUGGGGAGAUAGCCCGUCUGGGUGCAUUUGUAUCCGUUCAUCUCACAAGAUCGAGGUACCUGGACCCUUGCCGAGUGGACAAGUUCGCAAGCGACACAUCUACGUUCCAGAAUGGACAUCGCAUUUCAUCUCUCGCUGCGAAGCGGUAGCGAGAGACACUCCACAUUGGAACAUCGUCUCCAAUGUAUCCAUCCGGUCUUCAGCCGCCAAGGCUGAUAGUUGCGAUAUGUGCGCGUCGAGGGCAUCAGAGGAGUUGGACAAUUUAGCGGCAUACUUUGCUAAACAUAUAAGGCGUUCUAUCGAGCAGAAUUACCUGCAGAUCGAGCUCCCUGUAUAG